CCCCUCCCAGCAACCUGAACAACCACCACGGCCGCCGCUCCGGCAGUCACCGCCCCUUCGAGAGCCCCCCGCGAGGCUCCGGCGCUGGAGGGUUUAGGCCCAUGGCCGGUCCCGGCGGUGGAGGUGGAGGGUUCGGGUCGAAUACUCAUCAGGACCCCCCGCUCUCGGGUCAGAAGCGAGGGUUUGCUUUCUCUGGCCAUGGAGACUCGCCUGAGCAUUUUGAUGGUGGCAGUUUUGCCAAACUUUUUGUUGGAUCUGUUCCAAGGACAGCCACUGAGGAAGAUAUUCGUCCUUUGUUCGAAGAGCAUGGACAUGUUGUAGAGGUUGCUCUGAUCAAAGAUAAGAGAACAGGACAACAACAAGGCUGUUGUUUUAUAAAAUAUGCAACCUCAGAAGAAGCUGAUAGGGCUAUAAGAGGAUUGCACAAUCAGCAUACUCUUCCUGGGGGAGUGGGUCCUAUACAAGUGAGAUAUGCUGAUGGGGAACGAGAACGUCUUGGUGCGGUUGAGUACAAAUUGUUUGUCGGCUCAUUGAACAAACAAGCAACUGAAAAGGAAGUCGAGGAAAUUUUUUCCAACCAUGGCAGAGUAGAAGAUGUUUACCUCAUGCGUGAUAAUAUGAAGCAGAGUCGUGGAUGUGGUUUUGUUAAAUACUCUCACAGAGACAUGGCAGUGGCAGCUAUAAAUGCUCUUAAUGGAAUCUUUACGAUGAGAGGUUGUGAUAAACCAUUAACUGUCCGAUUUGCUGAUCCUAAGAGGCCUAGGCCUGGAGAUUCAAGGGGUGGUCCUUCAUUUGGAGGUCCAGGUUUAGGUCCUCAAUUUCAAUCACUGGGAACUAGACCUCCUCAGAAUUUUGGUGACCCUAUGGGUGAUCGAGUUCCACCUAAUGCUUGGCAUCCAAUGAGUCCACCUAAUUUAAGGCCGCCCUCUAAUGCUGAUAUUCAUGGCUUUGGGGUUCAGUCGCUUCCUAGGUCUGGGGACAUGGCAUUGCCAUUGAAUCUGGGUGGUCCUUUGAGUGGCCUUGGCGGGCCUGCUGAUGGUUCACUUUUGGGACAGGCAGUUACAUCUUCAACAUCACAACAGGGUUUUAACCAGUCCAUUCCGCAAGUUCCACCAAUCAACCAGUUCCAGAAGCCUAUUCAGUCACCUCAGCACUUGCAACCUUCCCGUCAAUCACACCCUCAAUUUCCAGCUUCUUACUCACAAAUGCAAGCACCCCUUGCAAAACUACAGCAGCUAGGUCAGCCACAGCUUCCUCAUUCUUCUGGCCAAACACCCUUCAGUCAAGCACCACCAUCUCAACAGCUACAUGGUUUGGGUGGACAAGUGUCUGUUUCUCAGCCUCAGGUUCAGCAGAUUGCCUCAUCUGCUACACCACCUCAGGCUUCUUUGGAUCCUAAUUUACCACCGCAUUCUGUGUCGACCAUCACAAAUCAACAGCAGCUUCCUGGUUCUAUACCACAGCAACUGCUUCAGCCUCUUCAGCAGCCACCUUCUCAGUUAGCUCAGAUGCUGUCACAACAGACACAAACUCUGCAGGCAAGCUUUCAGUCAUCUCAGCAAGCAUUCUCCCAAUUGCAACAACAGUUGCAGCUGAUGCAACCAUCAAAUCAAGCUUUGACAUCGCAGCAAAGUUCUCAGGCUUCUAAACAGCAGUCUCAAUGGGCUGGGAUUGUACCUCAGACAGUUGCCAGCACCCUUGCUACUACAGCUGCUGAUGCGCAUUCAUCCAAAACUGCUCCUGCUGUGCCUGUAAUUACCCAGGCUGUAGCUUCUGUAAAAAGUAAUUGGACAGAGCACACAUCCCCUGAUGGAUACAAGUACUAUUAUAAUAGUGUAACUGGUGAAAGUCGGUGGGAGAAACCUGAAGAGUUAUCGUUGUUAGAGCACCAGCCGCAGCAAAAACCAUUAAUUCAGCAGCCUCAGGCCCAGUCGCACAUUCUUCCAUCUGCCCAGCAAGUUCGACAAACACAGCAGGCUCAGCUUCAGGCUCAGCUUCAAACACAGCUCCGCCACCAGCAGCAGUUACAGCAUCCUACUUUGUCAUCCUCGUACCAGGCUUCUGGAGUUGCAGGUCACCAAAAUGUGCAGGAACUUGGUUAUGCACAAUUACAGGCAGUAGCUGGUUCAGUCGGCGAUCCUUCACGAUUCCAACAGGGCCUUCAGGCUGCUCAGGAGUGGAUGUGGAAGAAUAAGCCAGCAGGUACUUGAAGUGCUUGAGCAGGAAGUGUAAUUUAAAAGUGGGACAUUGGCAAUAAGUUGCUGCGUAGAUGAUACUGAGCUAAAGAAUUGGUCUCAAACUCACUCAAAAGGGCUAAGGCAGGCAACUUUUUCAAAGCUCAAAUGCUGAAUGGCAUGUUUAAUGAUAACGGUUGUUUGAGCAUUGAGUUUGCGAUAUAUUAUUGUGAGGUUUUACUGUCUCACAAGAAGUGGCUCGGUGAAUUAAGCCUGCGUGCCCUUUAGUUCAUGCCUUUACCUAGUAUUAGAAUGUUAUUUUUUGUACAAUAUAAUUCAUUGCUAUGUUUAGAUUUUC